AUGGCAUCCCAUAUACUCCCCGUCGAUGAUACCUCCCGGCAGCUCACACGAUGGUAUAUCGAUAUGCGCAACUGGACGCAGACCAGCACUGCACUCCCCCUUAUCGACACCCUUCAACCAUCCGAGCAGAAGAAGAUCAGGGCGUUCUAUCACGUAGUCGACCAGCACAUGUCCCUUGCCUCCAGUCUGCUGAAAUAUCUAUAUAUUCAUCGCACUUCUCGAGUACCCUGGAACCAGAUCAUUAUCAGCCGGACCCCGCAACCGCAUUGCAGACCAUGCUAUAUCCCGCUGAAAGAUGCCCAGAAGGAUGCCGGUCAGGUCUUGCAGGUUGAAUUCAACGUCAGCCAUCAGGCUUCCAUGGUAGCGUUAGCAGGAUGCAUGUUCUCCCGAGAUGGAAGCGAAAAUGAUGCACAAAGCAAGCUUGAUCCGUCCUCGCGAUAUGGGCUGGAUGGCCCUCCCCAGAUCGGAAUCGAUAUAACAUGCACCGACGAGCGAGAAAAGCGGAAUCCAGACUCACUUCCUUCCACAGAAGCGCAGUUCCGUGAAUUCGUCGACAUCUUUACCGAAGCGUUCUCACCGCGGGAAUUGGAAACCAUCAAAUCUGAUCCCCGCGGUACUGGUUCCUAUCGUGACAGCCCUGAAGAUACAUAUGAUGAACGAUUGGCCAAGUCUAUAAAAUAUCGCACACGUCUGUUCUACACCUACUGGGCGCUGAAGGAGGCUUAUAUAAAGAUGGUCGGAGAAGGGUUGCUGGCAGAUUGGUUACAGAAAUUGGAGUUUUCUAACGUUGUUCCACCCGAGCCUGAAGCUGGGCUUGAUUGGGGUUCUCCAAAGACGGGGAUUGAGAUUCGGCUGAAGGGGGAGAUAGUUGACAACGUACGCAUGGAAGUUGUUGCGUUUGGAGAACGAUAUAUAUUGGCGACAGCCACGAGAGGAGGAGGGUUCGGGAAAACGCCCAACUCGACUCGGUGGGAUGACUUUAGAUCUAUCAAUAUUGAGAAGGACGUCGGGCCGUGUGCCAGGGGAGAAUGCGAUUGUCUUCAGAGUAGUUGA